AUGCCACCAGCUUCUAUCCCCCGAUUCCUCCUCCCCCGAGGCCUCCCCAGCGCCCAAGCUCUCCGCACCCUCCGCAAGCAGGCAUCACAACAACAGCAACAGCAACAACAACGGCAGGCCUUGGCCUUGUCCUCCACCACACGCCGCUCCUUCUCUGAAUCUCCCAGUCUCGCCGCCAGACCCAAGCGCGUCACCGACAAGUCUCGGAUUCUAUCUCAGCCGGACAAGUUUCGUCCCCCGUCACAUCCACAGCGUCUGGUCACUCCCGUGCGCACCACGCCGGCCGGUCAACCGGUGAAUUAUGGCCGCGCAUUGACGGCGGAGGAGCGCGAGGCGCAGAAUAAGAAGCAGUACCCUAAUAUGUUCCCUCCCGAGGGGACAGUGAUGUUCAAGUUCUUGACGUCGCGGUGGAUUCACGUGUGGAUUGCUAUGGGCAUCCUCACCUCCCUCGCCACAUUCACAUUCACCACCAACUUCAAAGCGACGUCCCCCUUCGCCCACCUCCUCCCCUCCUGGUCCGACCUCAUCACCCACCCCAUCGACACCGUCUCCCAAGCCAUGCACGUCUACCGUAUGCACGUGCAGCACGAGUCGAUGCGUGUGCGUGAGCAGCGCCACCGCCGCGUCGAGGACGCCGAGAAACGUCGGCAAUACCGCGUUGCGCACGGCUUGGAGGAGGCGCCGGAGGCGAAGAAGAAGGAGGGUGAGAUGGGCGUGGAGAGUGGCGAUGCGCAGUCGCCUGUUGCGGCGGAUGUUGCGGAGAUUGCUGCGGGCGGGGGAGUUGGUGCGGUGGCGGCGACGGCGGUGGAGGAGAAGGAAUUCGUGGAUUGGGAGGGGAAGAAGAAGCCUGUGAAGAAGUGGCUUGGGAUUUGGUGA